CCAAUUUUCCCUCCCCAAAUUUCAAGUUUCCCUCCCCUGGUAGACCUAAUUAUUUUCGUCCCUCUCCCAAAUCUCCAAAUUUUGGAGUUGAUUUUGCUAAAACUCAAAAACCCAUUCGAACCUAAUUGCCAAAUUCAUUUCCUCGACUCUAAUCCAUCAACGACAGGAGGUCAAUAGGAGAGUUUGUGUUGAUUUUGGGUGAUUUCUUCCUAAUCCUCUUCGUUUCUUCUCUCUGCUAGAGGGAUUUGGGUUUGGAGAAUAAGUGCUACAGGGGAGAGAGGUUGUUGCUCUGGAUCUGCUUGAAACCCACUUCUCCCUUUUUCUACCACUAUUUCCAUCUGUCAUCUCUUGAUUUCAUUGUUUCCUCAGGUUUUAGGGCCUCAUCUAGUGAAGUUUCAUGGCUUCUAAGUGAAUUUUGAAGGAACUCAAAGGUUUGUAGAAGGUUCUAGAAAAGGUCUACUACUAUUUCGAAAAACAUACAAGAAUUUGUCUGCUGAAGGAUUUGCAAGAAUGUUAUAUAAGAGUGGAAGACGUCUGUUGCUACAACUACUUCAUCCAAAUUGUUCACGUUAUUUAAAGUCCUGAUGAUCUAGCAUCUCUAAAUUUAUCAAUUCCUUCUCUCAGUGUUGGGGCUGACUCACUGACAAAGUCUAAGAAAGAGUCUCAAAGGGAAGAAAGAUCUGGUAAGGCGUAUGCUGAGAGUGAUGAGGAAGGGACAGCAGUUGAGUCUGUUGAAAAAACUUCUGAGGGUGGGAAGAAGGAUCCUUCCUUAAGGAGGAGGGAGUUGCUAGUCAAUAGUGGGCUUGCAGAGAACCUUGUUGACAUAUGCAUUGAAAGUACUAGAGAAUUACUUCAAUCAAAUUUUGGAAAAGAAAUUAUAUAUGAGUAUCUUGAUCAUAAUGCAGGUUGCAACAGGUGGCUCCAGUGGCAUUCUCUAUCAAACUUUGAAUUACAAGUUGAAGAACUUGCAUGAGGCUAUAGCAUCACUUGCAGCAAAGCCUAAAUCGGAAGAAUCUGAAAAGGAGCAUGUCCUUGAAAACUUCCAUUCUAGUCACACCAUACGAAAACUAGUCUUAAACUGUCCUGAGUUUGCUUCAACAUUAUGGAAGAAAGCCUUUGAAGGGAAGUGUGAAUCAUGGGCCUAGGGUCACAGGUGCUUUAUGCCUUCUGGGAAACUUCAAAUUCCAAGGUCCAUGAAUUGGCAGAAGAAGAAUUGUAGCCUUUGAUAGAGAGUGGUGUUCUCAAAAUCCCUGAAACUAAACAAUCGGCAAAGGAAGGUAGGUUUGCAAAUUGUGGCAGAAAAAGCAAGGAUUAUAAGCUAGCCUGUUUUUCAUGGUAAUGUUAUAUAAGAUUUGUGAGAUUUGUUAGCACAUCAGGAGUUCUUGAGAGAUUUGUGACAGUAGAAAAAGAGAUCGAGUAGAUUAAGAGUUUAAUUUUUAGUCAGAUGAAGCAACUGUGGCUACAGAUGCAAAUGGUUGUGGAUGCUAAUAGUGGGCAAGGUUUUUCCCCAAUUAAUCGUUCCUCUUCACAUUCAAGCCAACACCUUAUGUCUUGCCAAAAUGAAAGUAAUGAAGAAAAUGAUGGGCAAAGGGAUUGAAAGGCAUGUUUGUAUCUCUUCUUGGAUCUGUAAUUUCUGCCAAUAAGCAUUUAAUUGAACU